AUGUCUACAUCAAGUAAUAAUUGGCCGGCAUCGAGGGUCAGAAGUACUUUUUUAGAUUAUUUUAAAGUUAAACAAAACCAUACAUUUGUUCCAUCAUCUUCAGUUGUUCCUCACAAUGAUCCAACGUUAUUAUUUGCUAAUGCUGGUAUGAAUCAAUACAAGCCGAUUUUCUUGGGUACCGUCGAUCCAGCUUCGGAUUUUGCUUCCUUGAAGAGGGCUGUCAACUCGCAAAAGUGUAUCAGAGCUGGAGGUAAACAUAACGAUUUAGAGGAUGUUGGUAGAGAUUCAUACCACCAUACAUUUUUUGAAAUGUUGGGUAACUGGUCGUUUGGUGAUUAUUUCAAGAAAGAGGCUAUCUCAUGGUCUUGGGAAUUGUUGACUGAAGUGUAUAACUUGGAUAAAGAUAGAUUAUACGUGACGUACUUUGGAGGUGAUGAAAAGCAAGGAUUACAGCCUGAUUUAGAAGCUAAAAACUUUUGGUUAUCUGUUGGUGUCGCUGAAGAUCACAUCUUACCAGGUGAUGUUCAUGAUAAUUUCUGGGAAAUGGGUGACCAAGGUCCUUGUGGUCCAUGUUCCGAAAUUCAUUAUGAUAGAAUUGGUGGAAGAAACGCUUCUAGUUUAGUGAAUAUGGAUGAUCCAAAUGUUUUAGAAGUUUGGAAUAUUGUCUUUAUGCAAUACAACAGAGAACUGGAUGCGUCUUUGAGACCAUUACCUGCUAAACAUAUUGAUACUGGUUUAGGAUUUGAAAGAUUAGUGUCAAUAUUACAAAACAAGUCAUCUAACUAUGACACUGAUGUUUUCCAACCAAUCUUCAACAAAAUUAGGGAAAUUACCGGUGUUAGACCUUACACUGGUAAAUUUGGUGCCGAAGAUAGAGAUGGUAUUGAUACUGCUUAUAGAGUUAUCGCUGAUCACGUUAGAACAUUAACGUUUUCUAUUACUGAUGGUGGUGUUCCAAACAAUGAAGGUAGAGGUUACGUUUUGAGAAGAAUUUUGAGAAGAGGUGCACGUUAUGUUCGUAAAUAUAUGAAUUACCCUAUUGGAUCAUUCUUUCAACAGUUAGUUCCAGUUGUCAUAGAACAGAAUUCUGAAAUCUUCCCUGAAAUUGUGAAAAACCAGCAAGAUUUAACUGAAAUUUUGAAUGAAGAAGAAUUAUCCUUUGCUAAGACUUUGGACAGAGGUGAAAAAUUAUUCGAACAAUAUGCUAUUAUUGCUUCAAAAACACCAGAACAAACCUUAUCCGGUAAAGACGUCUGGAGAUUAUAUGACACUUAUGGAUUCCCAGUUGAUUUAACCAGAUUAAUGGCAGAAGAAGCUGGCUUGAAAAUAGAUGAAGAAGGAUUUGAAAAGGCAAAAGAAGAAUCAAGAGAAGCUUCCAAGGCCACAGGUAAUAAGGGUGGCGUUUCGUUAAUUAAAUUGGACGUUCAUGCAUUGUCAGAAUUAGAUGGUAAUGACAAGGUUCCGAAGACCGAUGAUUCUUUCAAAUACGGAUUAGAAAAUAUUAAAGCUAACGUCGUUGCUAUUUAUGAUGGCUCAUCUUUUGUUAACUCCAUUUCUGAAGUUGGCUCUCAAGCCGGUAUAUUAUUAGACAAAACCCCAUUCUACGCAGAACUGGGUGGUCAAGAAUACGAUACUGGUAAGUUAGUCAUUGAUGGUGCCGCUGAAUUCAGUGUUUCUAAUGUCCAAGUUUAUGGUGGUUAUGUUUUGCAUACUGGUUCAUUACUUGAAGGAUCAUUAAAGUUGGAAGAUGAAAUCAUUGCUACCUAUGAUGAAUUACGUAGAUGGCCAAUCAGAAAUAACCACACUGGUACCCACGUAUUAAACUUUGCUUUAAGAGAAGUCUUGGGUGAUAACGUUGACCAAAAAGGUUCUUUGGUUGCCCCAGAAAAGUUAAGAUUUGAUUUCAGUCAUAAGCAAGGUUUAACUCCUGAAGAAUUAUUAAAGGUUGAAACUAUGUCUAAUGAUUAUAUUAAAGAAAACAAGCAAGUUUAUGCUAAGGAUAUCAAAUUGGGUGAUGCCAAAGAAAUUAACGGUUUGAGAGCGGUUUUCGGUGAAACUUAUCCAGAUCCAGUCAGGGUUGUCUCCAUUGGUACCUCUAUCGAAGACUUGUUGAAGGAACCUAAAAACCCAGAAUGGCAUAAGGUCUCGAUUGAAUUAUGUGGAGGUACACAUGUUGCUAAAACCGGUGAGAUUAAAGAUUUAGUCAUAAUUGAAGAAUCUGGUAUUGCUAAGGGUAUCAGAAGAAUCGUUGCUGUAACAGGCACAGAAGCUCACCAAGUCCAAAAAAUUGCCCAGGAUUUCGACAAGGAAUUAGAGCAUGCUAUGGCCUUAGCUUUUGGUCCAAUCAAGGAAACAAAGGCUAAAGAAUUGGGUGUCAGUUUGAAAAAAUUAUCCAUUUCCGUUUUGGACAAGCGUAACUUGAACGACAAGUUUAACAAAUUAGAUAAGUCUAUCAAAGACCAAUUAAAGGCCGUACAAAAAGAAGAAUCAAAGAAAGUCUUAGAAGUUGUUAACGAGUGGUUGAACGCAAAAGAUGCUAAGGACUACUUCGUCAGCUUCGUGCCAAUCAGUGCCAACGCUAAGGCUAUCACUGAAGCUAUCAAUUUGUUGAAAAAACAACACAAAUCCAAGUCUCUCUACUUGAUUACCGGUUCUGACAAGGUCGCACACGGUUGUUACGUAUCUGACGAAGCUAUUGCUAAGGGUGUCAACGCUACUGAUUUAGCAACUGCGGUUUCCUCUAAGGUAGGUGGAAAAGCCGGUGGUAAAGGUAACGUUGUUCAAGGUAUGGGUGACAAGCCUCAAGGUAUUGACGAAGCAAUUGACGAACUUAAAAAGUUAUUUGCUGAAAAAUUAUAA